UUGUCGCCGUCCUCAUCCGCAAGUCGACGUAGAUCCUCGCAAAUUGCAACUCAGGUCGUUUUUUUUAGACGGCCACAGCUGCCGAACAUAGACAUUUUGUGGUGGUUAUCUAUUCGUCGUAUUAAAUACACGAGGGGUCGAAACCUGCUUCGUUUGGUUUCUUCUUUGCAGCUGAAAUUGGACACCACCGAUGUUUGAGCGUUCAUGUCCUCCUGGGCUGCGGAGUGAUACUCUUUUGGAACCGACAAUGUGGAGGCUGCUAAAAUGUCUACUUGGGAAAUAAAAUGGUUACAGUUUCUAUAACUAUAAAGAAACAGUAACACGAGAGUUAUGGUUGGUGCGGUAGACUUGCUUUCAUCUUCGUGACGAAGACACCAACAAGACUAGGCAACGGAGAAGUGGUUCAUGUCUCUCCUCCUCUUCAUCAAGCCCACAGUCCGGACCACGGGAGAAGGAUCCUAUCCCUAACUUUGUUUUUCUCUCUUCUGCUGCCUUCUUUUCUCCCAGCUGGAUGCCACGUUAUUGAAUACAGUUGGUUGGAUGCUGAAAGGGCCCAGUGAUCAGCAGCAGAGAAUGGCUGCAGUGGAAACAGACAAGGAGCUCAGUGACUUACUGGAUUUUAGCGCGAUGUUUGAGCUUCCACUUUCAAAUGGUAAAAACGGGCCAACAACUCUUGCCAGCAGUCAAUUUGGAGGAUCUGGUAUUGAGGAGCGGAAUGGGUCCAGUCCCUGGGGUCCAGGAAAACAGCCAAGUCCAUCCUUUAACCAGGGGCGGGGUUAUGGUGAAGAAGGCAUGUACAGUGAGCGAGAGGGCCCUGCGUCUGCCCCUGUUUUUGGACCAGGAAUUGUUGGGAAGGCUGACCGAGGGGCGUAUUCUUCAUUUGGAACACAGCCGGGUUUCAUUCCAAAUGAGAUGACCAUGCCCAGUCCUGAUGCCCUUUCCCCAUCAGCUGUUAAGUCCAGUUCCCAGUUUUAUUCAUCCUACAAGGGCGGCAACCCCCACAGGAGACCAUCUCAGGACCCCAUCGAAUCGCUGCCAAAAAAGAUCAGGAAGAUGCCUCCUGGCUUGCCCUCCUCUGUUUAUGCAUCAACCACAGGAGAGGAUUUUAAUCGGGACAGUUCUUGCUAUCCAGCCCCCAAAGCAGGAAAUGUCUACCCACCACCAUUCUACAUGCAAGAAGGCCUCCACCCUCCCUCUGAUCACUGGGGCUCUGCUGGGUCGAUGGUUCAGCCUGGAUUUUCUGCCGUGCUAGGCAACUCCCCCCAUCUGAGCCAGCAUGGCCCAUUUACUGCUAUUAACCCACAAGACAGACUGAAACAACGAGCCCUACCCCUUUCCCCCCAAAACUACCCCCUGCAUGGCAGUGAAGUGAACGGAGCUCAUCCUGCUGGCUUCCACUCUGGCUCCACCAGCUUUGGUGUCCCCAGCCACACACCCCCCAUAGCUGGCACUGAAACUAUUAUGGCAAAUCGAGGUGCUGUACCUGGAAGUUCUGGUGAUGAAAUUGGAAAAGCCCUAGCAUCUAUUUAUCCAUCAGACCCCAACAGCAACACUUUCCCUCUGUCUCCAUCCACUCCCUCUGGCUCUCCUCAGGCUGUAUCAGGCUCAGCCUCCCAGUGGACUCGGUCCUCAGGUCAGGCCACUCCUUCGCCUAACUUUGAGGGUGGUGUUCAGUCAGUGCCAAGUAAAAUGGAGGACCACCUGGAUGAAGCUAUUAAUGUUCUUCAGCGACAUGCCAGUGGGCAGGGAGGACCAGGACUUGCUGAGAUGCACAGUCUUCUGUCGGCUGGCUUAGGGUUGCCAAUGGGCUUCAGUAGUUCAGCACUUGGAUUGGCCAGUCGCCUUCCUGGACUGGUCUCCUCCCUUCACGAGGACUCUGCUGGUCUGCCCUCUACUGGAGGACUUUUGCAUCAUGGCCCUUCAUCUGGUCACCCUCAGACAGAGGGAUUUACAGGCUUGCGGGUGAACCUGAAUCGUUCCAGUGGUGCUGCAAUCAAACGAGAGCAGAGGGAGGAGGAUGAGAACUGCUCCCUCACUGACAAAUCGGAGGACGAAAAAAAAGAAGCCCGUCUUCGAACAAGUCUGAAUGAUGAGGAUGAGGAUGAGGAUGAUGAUGAUGAAGAUCUGCCUGUGGAGAUUAAGGCUGAGCGGGAGAAAGUGCGGAGGUUGGCAAACAACGCACGUGAACGUCUACGCGUGCGGGACAUCAAUGAAGCUUUUAAGGAGCUGGGCCGCAUGUGUCAGCUCCAUCUGAGCUAUGAGAAACCACAAACCAAAUUAAACGUACUGCAACAGGCCGUUAACAUUAUACUCAACCUGGAGCAACAAGUUCGAGGUCACCUUGUCUCGGUGACUGAUGAGAACCUGACUGCUGAGGAGAAGGAGCAGAGGGAGCGUGAGCGCCGCCUAGCUAACAACGCUAGGGAGAGAGUGCGUGUUCGCGACAUAAACGAAGCCUUCAGAGAGCUGGGCAGGAUGUGUCAGGUCCACCUGCAGAGCGACAAGGCCCAGACCAAGCUGGUCAUCCUGCAGCAGGCUGUGCAGGUGAUUCUGAGCCUGGAGAAGCAGGUGCGAGAGCGUAAUUUGAACCCAAAGGCCGCCUGCCUCAAGAGGAGAGAGGAAGAGAAGGUUUCAGGUGUGGACCCCCAGAUGCAGAUUGGAGGGGGUCACCCUGCUUUAGGAGGAGAUGGGCACAACCCUUUCAUGUUGAAUGUACUGCCCUUUGAACACGUGGCCUUAUCUAUCAUUGUCAUGCAUCUCAAUGUGUGUCAUCAGCUUUUGGAAAACAUGCGCACACCUCAUUACUGACAAAGCAGGUGGCCACAUUCCUGAAGACAAAUACAAGCAUAAGAAGCACACAAGAUUCAAAAAGAGAAGGAAGAUUUAUUGAUCUUUACAUGAUAAUGCCUUGACCUGAGGACACUGCUUUUGGAGACAGUGACAUGGGGAUUAUUAUUAUCAUGUUUUUGUUGAACUUUGUAAGAAUUGCUUUACAAGUUUGGGAGCAAAACCUGUUUGGAUCAAAUAAGACUUUUGGAUCAAUUGCUCAUGUGAGUAAAGUUAGGAUUUAUAGUGUUGGAUAGUUAUUGGCAUUCCCAUCAGAAACAGAAGUCUUACAUUCUUCACAACUAAGAGGGAUGAUUUAUGUCCCAGGAUUGAACAAAUUUGAUUUAAUCAUGCCUUAAUGGGCCUCAUGCAUUGUGCGUGGUUCGAUAAAAAUCUAAAUCCUCUCAAGUGAUGACUGAUAUGCAGACUUUGGAGGCGAAUUACAAGUUACAAUUGGCCAUUCAGAAAACAGACUUCUUUAUUUGAAAUGCUGGUAUUUCAGGCUGUUUUUCUUGAAUUUAUUUCA